GGGCUCUGCGCCUCCCCAGGGUGUUGGCUUCCUUUCAGUUCUCUGCUUCCAACUUUCCCACUGGCUGACCCAGGUCGCUUUCUGCUCCCUGUUGCGGAGAACCAACGCGCCCCUCACUGCGAACAGCUUUCCAAAUCCUGAGCGCAGGCAUAGGUUGAUGGUCCUGCAGCUAUGGAGACACUCUGUGGGAGUGUGCCUACCUACCCAGGCAUCCUCUCCCUGGAGAACCGGUGCCUGGCCAUGCUCCCUGACCUCCAGCCCCUGGAGAAAAGACACAGGCACACAUCUGUCCAUCCAGACAUCCUCUCCCUGGAGAACCGGUGCCUGGCCAUGCUCUCUGACCUCCAGCCCAUGGAGAAGCUAUGUGGACACAUAUCUCGUCACCCGGACAUCCUCUCCCUGGAGAACCGGUGCCUGGCCACGCUCCCUGACCUCCAGUCCAUAGAGAAGCUAUGUGGACGUAUAUCUCGUCACUCAAACAUCCUGUCCUUGGAGAACCAGUGUCUGGCUACCCUCUCCACUGCAGAGACCACUGUAUCUACCAGCCCCUUGCUCCAGCGUCUUCACUUACCUCACAAGAUGCAAGCUGAUUUGUGUAGCCCGAAAACUAGCAACUGCCUCUUCCCUGAGCCUCCUACCACGAAGAUUCCACAUUUCUCUGAGGAACUAGACUUUUCCACCAGUCCCAGGGUCCUGGAAUCUGUCUCUACAGCUCAAGCUCGGGAAGUAGCUUUGGGUCAGUGGUGUGUCUCAGAAGAAAAGGAAACGCAGGCAGAGAAAGACGGAGCAGAAGUCCCAAUGCCCUUGUAUAGUCUAAGCUUGGGAGAGGAAGAAGAGGUGGAGGCACCGGGCCUAAAACUCACAUCUGGGUGCUCUGUGCUGAAUCCUGAAAGCACCGACUGGGUCCUCCAGGAAAAGAAGAUGGCUCUCUUGACCCUACUGUGCUCUGCUCUGGCCUCCAAUGUGAAUGUAAAAGAUGCCUUUGACCCCACCCGGGUAUCCAUCCUCGAGGUCUGUAGUGCACUGGCCUCUUUGGAACCUGAGUUCAUCCUGAAGGCAUCUUUGUAUGCUAGGCAGCAACUUAACAUCCGGGAAGUAGCCAAUGCAGUUUUGGCCGUUGCUGCCUUCUUGCCAGCCUGCCGCCCACAUGUGCGACGGUAUUACCCUGCCAUUGUUCACCUGCCUUCAGAUUGGAUCCAGGUAGCCGAGUUCUACCAGAGCCUGGCAGAAGGAGAUGAGGAGAAGUCAGUGCCACUACCCGCCUGCCUCCGUGCUGCCAUGACGGAGAAGUUUGCCCAGUUUGAUGAGUACCAGCUAGCUAAGUAUAAUCCUCGGAAACACCGAUCUAAGAGACGUGCCCGGCGGCCACCCCGCCCUCAAAAGACAGAAUAUCCAUUAUCAGAGAGGGGGAGAUGUUUUCCUAAGAGCCUUUGGCUCCUUAAAAGUGAACAGAUCGCGUUUGAAGCCGCCUACGAUGCAGUGCCAGAAAAGAAAAGCCCCCCGAGGUUCACUCUGAAGAAGCUGGUAGAGCGGCUGCACAUCCACGAGCCGGCCCAGCACGUCCAGGCCCUGCUCGGCUACCGGUACCCACCCACCCUUGAGCUCUUUUCUCGGAGUCACCUGCCCGGGCCGUGGGAUUCUAGCAGAGCCGGGCAGCGGAUGAAGCUCCGAAGGCCGGAGACCUGGGACCGGGAACUGAGCAUGCGGGGAAACAAAGCUUGCGUAUGGGAGGCGCUCAUAGACAGUGGGAAACUCCCCUUCAUGGCCAUGCUCCGCAACCUGUGCAACCUGCUGCGCACUGGGAUCAGUGCCCGCCACCAUGAGCUCAUUCUCCAGAGACUCCAGGAUGAGAAAUCUGUCAUUCACAGUCGGCAGUUUCCAUUCAGAUUCCUUAAUGCUCACGACUCUAUCGAUAAACUGGAGGCUCAACUCAGAAGUAAAGCAUUGCCCUUCCCUUCCAACACAACGCUGAUGAAGCGGAUAAUUGGAAGCUCAAAAAACAUCAAGAGGCUCAGCAUCCGGACUCGCCUGCGCCCCCUGACACGCCGGCAGCUGCGGGCGGCAAUGACCAUACCUGUGAUGUAUGAGCAGCUCAAGCGGGAGAAACUGAGGCAGCACAAGGCCAGACAGUGGGACUGUGAUGUUGGGUUGCUGGAACGGUACCGCCAGGCCCUGGAAACAGCCGUGAAUGUCUCUGUGAAACACAACCUAUCCCCGUUGCCUGGCCGAACCCUUGUGGUCUACUUCACAGAUGAAAAUGCCGACAGGCUGUGUCCGAAGAGUCACUCCCAAGGGCCUCCCCUGAACUAUGUGCUGCUCUUGGUUGGGAUGACACUGGCUCGAGCAGAACAGGCGACUGUUCUGUUGUGUGAAGGAGGGACUGUGAAGAUGCCAGUACUUCCGGCAGACGAAGGUAUCCUGAAGACUGCCAUCAACCUUCAGGCUCAAGUACAGGAGUUGAAAGAAAGUGAUGAUUUUCCCCUGGACACUUUGGGGAAGUACCUGAUGUCUCUGGCUGUCCAAAGGACCCCUCUUGACAGGGUCAUCAUGUUUGGCCAGUCCAUGGAUCCGGAGCUGAAAGUAGCCAAACAGAUGAUCUGGCAGCACGUGAACUCCAAGUGCCUCUUUGUUGAUGUCCUCCUACAGAAAACACAGUACAUGUCACCAAAUUUGAAUCCCAAUGAUGUGACACUCUCGGGCUGUACUGAUGGGAUCCUGAAGUUCAUUGCCGAGCAUGGAGCCUCCCGUCUUCUGGAUCACGUGGACCAACUAGAUAAAAUAUUCAAGAUCCCCCCACCCCCAGGAAAGACUCAGGCCCUGUCUCUCCGGCCACUGGAGGACAGCCCUGGCCCCUUGGGUCCUGUUUCCCAGCACGGGUGGCGCAACAUCCGGCUUUUCAUUUCGUCCACUUUCCGUGACAUGCAUGGGGAGCGAGACUUGCUUAUGAGAUCGGUGCUGCCAGCCCUGCAGGCCCGAGUGUUCCCUCACCGCAUCAGUCUUCACGCCAUUGACCUGCGCUGGGGUAUCACUGAGGAGGAGACCCAAAGGAACAGACAACUGGAAGUGUGCCUUGGGGAGGUGGAGAACUCACAGCUGUUUGUAGGGAUUCUGGGCUCGCGCUAUGGCUACGUUCCCCCCAACUAUGACUUGCCUGACCAUCCUCACUUCCAAUGGGCCCAGCAGUACCCUUCAGGGUGUUCUGUGACAGAGAUGGAGGUGAUGCAGUUCCUGAACCGUGGCCAACGUUCCCAGCCCUCUGCUCAAGCUCUCAUCUACUUCCGAGAUCCUGGUUUCCUCAGCUCUGUGCCAGAUGCCUGGAAACCUGACUUUAUUUCUGAGUCAGAAGAGGCUGCACAUCGGGUCUUAGAACUGAAGAGAUACCUACACAGCCAGGAAGAAGUUACGUGUCGCAGCUACUCGUGCGAGUGGGGGGGUGUAGCAGCUGGCCGGCCCUAUACUGGGGGCCUGGAGGCAUUUGGACAGUUGGUUCUCCAGGAUGUGUGGAGAAUGAUCCAGAAGCUUUACCUGCAGCCCGGGGCCCAGUUGGAGCAGCCAGCAUCCCUGUCAGAUGAUGAUAUGAUCCAGGCCAGCUUUCAGCAGCUGAGGAACCCACCGAGUCCUGCACGGCCACGCCUCCUUCAGGAUACAGUGCAGCAGCUGAUGCUGCCCCGUGGGAGGCUGAGCCUUGUGACUGGGCAGGCAGGACAGGGCAAGACUACCUUCCUGGUGUCCCUCGUGUCGGCUCUGAAGGUUCCAGACCAGCCCAAUGUGCCCCCCUUAGUUUUCUUCCACUUCUCGGCAGCCCGCCCUGACCAGUGUCUUGCUCUCAACUUUCUCAGGCGCCUUUGUGCCUUUCUGCGUGGGGAACUGGGAGAGUCCAGUGCGCUCCCCAGCACUUACAGAGGCCUGCUGUGGGAACUGCAGCAGAAACUGCUGCUCCAAACUGCUCAGUCGCUGCAGCAUGGUCAGACCUUGGUCCUUGUUAUUGAUGGGGCAGAUAAGUUGGUGGAUCAGAACGGACAGCUGAUUUCAGACUGGAUCCCCAAGUCUCUUCCCCGGCGAGUACACCUGGUGCUGAGCGUGUCAAGUGACUCAGGCCUGGGAGACACCCUUCAGCAAAGUCAGGGUGCUUAUGUGGUGGCCUUAGGGUCUUUGGUCCCAUCUUCGAGGGCUCAGCUUGUGAGGGAAGAGCUGGCACUCUAUGGGAAACGGCUGGAGGAGUCACCUUUUAACAACCAGAUGCGACUGCUGCUGGCAAAGCAGGGUUCGGGCCUGCCACUGUACCUGCGCCUCGUCACUGACUACCUGAGGCUUUUCACACUCUAUGAGCAGGUGUCCGAGAGACUGCGAACCCUGCCCGCCACCCUUCCGCUGCUCCUGCAGCACAUCCUGAGCACCUUGGAGCAGGAGCACGGCCACGAUGUCCUUCCUCGGGCUUUGGCUGCCCUUGAGGUCACGCGCAGCGGUCUGACUGUGGACCAGCUGCAUGCGGUGCUGAGCGCGUGGCUGAUUCUGCCCAAGGAGGCUAAGAGUUGGGAGGAAGCAGUGGCCGCCAGUCACAGUGGGAACCCUUACCCUUUGGGUGCAUUUGCCUACCUUGUCCAGAGUCUACGCAGCUUAUUAGGGGAGGGCCCUGUGGAGCCCCCCGGCGCCCGUCUCUGCCUCUCUGAUGGGCCUCUGAGGACAGCAGUUAAACGUCGCUAUGGGAAAAGGCUGGGGCUGGAGAAGACUGCGCAUGCCCUCACUGCAGCUCACCUCUGGAAGAUAUGUGAUCCUGAUGCUUCGGGGACCUUCCGCAGUUGCCCUGCCGAGGCUCUGAAGGAUUUACCUUACCACCUGCUCCAGAGCGGGAACCGUGAGCUCCUUGCAAAGUUCCUCACCAAUCUCCAUGUGGUAGCAGCUUAUCUGGAAGUGGGUCUGGUCCCCGACCUCUUGGAGGCUUAUACGCUCUAUGCUUCUUCAAAGUCUGAAGGGAAGCAGGAGCUCCCGGAGGCAGAUGUUGCUGUAUUCCAUACCUUCCUGAGACAGCAGGCUUCACUGCUCGCCCAGUACCCCCUGCUCCUGCGCCAGCAGGCAGCCAGCCAGCCUGCAGAGUCACCCGUUUGCAGCCAGGCCCCCCUGCUCACCCAGCGAUGGCACAGCCAGCUCACACUGCAAUGGAUUAAUAAACCCCAGACCUUGAAGGAUAGGGAAAGCUUGUCUCUGGCAAUCUCCUCAUCCCCAACCGCUGUGGCCUUCUCCCCUAGUGGGCAAAGAGCAGCUGUGGGCACCGCCAAUGGGACAAUUUACCUGCUGAACUUGAGAACCUGGCAGGAGGAGAAGGCUCUGGUGAGCGGCUGUGAUGGGAUUUCCUCUUUUGCCUUCCUCUCGGAAAAUGCUCUUUUUCUUACUACCUUCGAUGGGCUUGUGGAGCUUUGGGACCUGCAGCACGGUUGCUCGGUGUUCCAGACCAAGGCCCACAAGCACCAAAUCACUGGCUGCUGCCUAAGCCCAGACCGCCGCCUGCUGGCCACUGUGUGUUUGGGAGGAUACGUAAAGCUGUGGGACACAGUCCGUGGACAGCUGGCCUUCCAGCACACCUGUCCCAAGCCUCUGAACUGCAUUGCCUUCCACCCAGAGGGGCAGGUGGUAGCCACAGGCAGCUGGGCUGGCAGCAUUACCUUCUUCCAGGCAGAUGGUCUUAAAGUCACCAAGGAACUGGGGGGCCCAGGAGCCUCUGUGCGCACUCUGGCAUUCAGUGCACCUGGGAAGGCUGUGGCUGUAGGCCGAAUAAAUGGGACGGUGGAGCUGUGGGCCUGGCAAGAGGGUACACGGCUGGCAGCCUUCCCUGCACAGCGUGGCUAUGUUGCUGCCGUCCUUUUCUUGCAUGCUGGAAGCCGGUUCCUGACAGCUGGAGAAGAUGGCAAGGCUCAGUUAUGGUCAGGAUUUCUUGGCUGGCCCAGGGGUUGCCUGGGCUCUGUUCCUCUUUCUCCUGCACUCUCUGUGGCUCUCAACCCAGAUGGUGACCAGGUGGCUGUUGGGUACCGAGAAGAUGGCGUUAAAAUCUACAGAAUUUCUUCAGGUUCCCAGAGGGCUCAGUGUCAAAUGCUGAAGGUGGCAGUGUCCGCACUGGCCUGGCUGAGUCCCACAGUUUUGGUGAGCGGGGCAGAAGAUGGAUCCCUGCGGGGCUGGAUGCUCAGGGGGAGCGCCCUUCAUUCCCUGUGGGUAUCAUCCACACACCAGAAGCCUGUGCUCGGACUGGCCACCUCCCAGGAGCUCUUGGCCUCUGCCUCAGAGGAUUUCACAGUGCGACUAUGGCCCAGACAGCUGCUGACACAGCCGCAUCAGGGAGAAGACUUUCCCUGUGGUCCUGAGCUCCGGGGACAUGAGGGCCCAGUGUCCUGCUGUAGCUUCAGGCCUGACGGAGGUGUUCUGGCCACUGCGGGCAGGGAUCGGAAUCUCCUCUGCUGGGAUGUGACGACAGCCCAAGCCCCUCUCCUCACUCACUCCUUCUCCUCCUGUCACCGUGACUGGAUCACUGGCUGUGCAUGGACCAGAGACAACCUCCUGGUCUCCUGCUCUAGUGAUGGCUCUGUGGGACUCUGGGACCCAGAGGCAGGACAGCAACUUGGCCAGUUCUCAGGUCACCAAAGUGCCGUGAGCAGCGUGGUUGCUGUGGAGGAACACAUCAUAUCUGUGAGCCGGGAUGGCGACUUGAAAGUGUGGGACCAUCAGGGUGUGGAGCUGACUAGCAUCCCUGCUCACCCAGGACCCAUCAGCCAAUGUGCAGCUGCCCUGGAGCCCCGCCCAGCUGGACAGCCUGGAUCAGAGCUUCUGGUGGUGACUGUUGGAGUGGAUGGGGCCACAAAGUUGUGGAAUCCCCUCUUGGUGUGCCAAAUGCAUACCCUCCAGGGACACAGUGGUCCUGUCACAGCAGCUGCCGCUUCAGAGGCCACAGGCCUCCUGCUGACCUCAGAUGAGAGCUCUGUACAUCUCUGGCAGGUUCCUAAGGAAGCAGAUGAUACACACACACCUCGGAGUUCUGUGGCCAUCACUGCAGUGGCAUGGGCACCAGAUGGUUCUGUGGCAGUGUCCGGAAGUGAAGCCGGGGAACUAACACUGUGGCAGGAAGCCAAGGCUGUAGCUACAGCACAGGCCCCGGGCCGUGUCAGCAGCCUGAUUUGGUACUCGGCGCAGUCACUCUUUGUUGUCAGUGCUAAUGAAAAAGUCAGCGAGUGGCAGGUGAUGAAAGGUUCAACGUCCAGAAAUUGCAGUCUUCACCUGAAGAGAGUUCUUCAGGAGGACUUGGGGGUCUUGACAGGUCUGGGUUUGGCCCCAGAUGGCCAGUCUCUCAUCCUGAUGAAAGAGAAUGUGGAAUUACUACAGAUGAAGCCUGGGUCGACUCCAUCUUGGAUUUGCACGAGGAGUACAGCGCAUUCUUCCAUACUGUGUACCAGCAAGGAGUACGGUGUAUUUUACCUGCAGCAGGGGGACUCUGCAUCGCUUUCUUUCUUGGACCAGAAGGAGUCAGGAGAGUUGGAAGAGAUCCUGAACUUUGACCUGGACUUAAAUAAUCCUGAUGGGUCCCCAGUAUCCAUCACUCAGGCCAAACCUGAGUCUGAGUCGUCAUUUUUGUGUGCCACCUCUGAUGGCAUGCUGUGGAACUUAGCUGAGUGUACCCCAGAAGGAGAAUGGAUCGUAGAUUACAUCUGGCAGAAAAAAGCAAAAAUACCUAAAACUCAGACUACAGAAACAGAUCCAUCUCUGCAUUUGGAGUUGGAUUCCUACAUGGUGAGCUGGCCAGAGCCCGCACGGUUAAAGGCACGCCAAUGCAAAAAGGUUCACCUGGGCUCAGUCACAGCCCUCCAUGUGCUUCCUGGGUUGCUGGUGACCGCUUCGAAGGAUAGAGAUGUUAAGCUGUGGGAGAGACCCAGUAUGCAGCUGUUGGGCUUGUUCCGAUGUGAAGGGCCAGUGAGCUGCCUGGAACCUUGGCUGGAGCCCAACUCUCCCCUGAAGCUUGUUGUAGGAGACACACAAGGAAACUUGUAUUUUCUAUCUUGGGAAUGAAAACGCAGCACUUGGGACAAAGAUGAUGUCACUAUACCAGAUGAUGCAAACCUGGAGACACCAGUGUCUACAUUCUCAAUAAGGUUAUAGAAAUAAAGUGUUGGAGGAUCCUAAGUA